AUGAAAUAAUAAUAUAGUGUCAUAUUACCAAUAAAUGCUGAAAGUUUCUAAAAGGGAAGCAAAUUUGUAGACUAUUUGAUUGACUUCGAUCUGAGUAAGCAAAAUUAGCAAAAGGUUGAAUUGGUCUCAUAAUCACCUGUUGUCAAAAUGUACAUCCUCUCCAAUUACUUGCCAGAGUUUAUGGUGCAAUUGACAAAUUAGAAAUAGAUUCAAAUAUAGGAGCGAAAGACCUCAUUUGAAAAUUGCGAAUAGAGAAUAUUUAAUGUGGUCCAAUUUUCAGGAAUUGAGGUUGCGGUAAUUGCUAAGGUAAGUCCGAGUCCAAAUAGAGCUGCUUAAGUGAUUGAUGUGGUUGCAGAGGAGUUGGAUUACUUUAAGGGAUAUGAAAAAGAUGUCGAGAGGAAAUUGCGAGACAACUUUGGCAUCUUGGAGAAGAGCAAUUGGUAACGAUUCUGUCCUAAUAUUGUUGCUAUUAAUUUGAAUGUUGAAAUCAAUAUCUAUCAAUAUGGUGACGAGUCAAAUGUAAUUGCAUAAUUCUUAACAGAAAUAAUAAGAAAAUACUUAUUGUAUUUCUACAAGUCCAUGCUACUCACUUACAAUGUUUGGCAGAGCAUGAACGACUCUGAAUUGUUUAAAAUGAAUAAAUCAGUUCUGUUGCAAUAAUAAGAAGUCAAAUUGAAUCUGUAUCAAUAAAUAACUUCUCUCAAAGACUUGUAAAAGACCUCCUAUAAAGAAUUAAAGAAGAAAUACUUUAAACACUAUUCUAAUCUAUCUCAAUCCACUUUUUCCACUCCUGCCAAAUAAUCCUAAGUCAGUCUAACAAGUUCCUAAACUCCUACUAGACCUCCUUAAUUGUAGAGAAAAAAGGCAGGAAUGAUCUUGAAAAGAGGAGAUGGACCCAUAGACUAUAAUUGGAAUCAAAGAUAUCUGGUCUUGGAUGGAUAGACAUUGAUAUACUUCAAAGAUAGAAAUGACAAGGUACCAAGAGGUGCCAUAAAUCUAAGGGAAGCCUACAUAUCCCCUAUGUCCACUUUGGAUGACAGAGAACAUUGCUUUUAUAUUGAAGUGGAAGCCUAGAAUAAUAAGCAAUUCUACUUCAGUGGCGAAACUUUGGAUGAAACUGAAUAAUGGCGUGAUGAGAUAUCUCAUGCCACAACGGCUGUCGUGUAAACAGAAAAACGACCUUCUUUUGUUGUUACCAAUACUUAUUUAUUGACUGACACUCUCCCCUCAGAAUUAUCUAAAUAUAAAAUAUUGACUAUGCUUGAUGAUCUAUAAUAACAAUGGUAAUUUCGCAAGUUUAGAAAUGGAGUCAAAAUAUACGAAAGUCCAAUCUAGAAUAAGAAUACUAGGAAUUGGAAACUGUAUAUUCUUCUGACUAUUGCUUUCUGCAUUGGUGUCUAUUUAAAACCUAAUUGGAUACCAUUUUUUAUGGCUUUUUUGGUUGCACUCUUAUCCGCCUCGUACUUUAAAAGUUAAAAAGCUUAGAACAUACGUGUUUAUGGUAGGAUGGUUUGUGAUGUUGACUCAACAAAAGCCUUUAGAAUUAUUAAGAAUUUUAAGUUUAAAAAGGUUCUGGAUAGCAAUUUUGUUUAAAUUAAUAAAAUACAAGAUAAUAAAGAAGCUGAAUUUACUAAAAGAGCUAAGGUGCAUUUUAUAAUACAUCCCAUACGAUAAAAACAGGUAGUGACAAAACCAGUCAUAAUCCAAAUGAACUUAUUGAGAUAUCGAUUCAUCAUAAACAAUGGCAGUUCAUUCAUUGUUGAUAUAUUGACCAGUGAAAACAACAAGUUUAAUAUGUUCGAAGCCUAUGAAAUUCAAAGAAUUCCUAAGGUCUCAGGCAAAGGACUAGUCAAUUAUUACUGUGAGAUAACCUGUUCCAGAAUAACAACUGAGUUGGAAAAAUACUUAUACAAUAAAGCAGAGAAUUUAAGUUUGAUUUCAUAAACUAUUGAUGAGGAGAGAUUUCAUCAAUUUCAACAAUCUAUUGUAAGUGAGUUAUCCUCCGCUUACAUUAAACAGAAAUCAAGGUCCAUAGUAGGUUUUGAUGAAUAGAUGAAUUCUAUCACAUAAUUGAAGAAUGGUUAGCAAAUAACAAGUAAGAGAUUGGAGGAGAGAGUUCCAGGAUAUAGAAGAUUUAAAGAGGGAGGAAUUGAAUGUUUCAACAAGGAAGAAAUUAAGGCAUAGGAUGGAUUGGUAUUAGAUUUGAUGAGAUCGGCAGGUAGAUAACUAUUUGAAGGUCGAAAUAUCAUUUCCUUCUCACUUCCUGUUCGUAUUUUUGAACCUAGAUCCAUGAUUGAAAGAAUAUGCGAAUACUGGGGUUUUAUGCCUAUCUAUAUGGAGUAUGCUUUAGGAUAGCAGGAUCCCCUUACUUCGCUGGGCUAUACAAUCGGAGGCAGACAAAAGAAACCAUUUAAUCCUAUCUUAGGUGAAACAUUCCAAGGUUCAUGGUAAGAUGGAUCAUCAAUUUCAAUUGAACAUACUAGUCAUCAUCCUCCCAUCUCACAUUUCUACAUAGAACAUUUUAGGAAGAAAUAUAGAUUUUAUGGUCACUUUGAAUAUUAGGCUGCUUUAAGAUAUAAUGCUGUUAUUGGACAUUAGGUUGGUGAGAGCGUGGUUGAAUUUAGUGAUGGUUAAAGAAUUACAUUUAGUAUGCCACCUGUUAAAGUCAGUGGCUUAAUUUACGGUGCUAGGUUGUUGGAAUGGUAUGGAAGUAUUAAAUUCGUUGAUUAGAAGAAUAACAUAGUUUGUGAUAUUAAAUUUUCUGAAGGAGCAGGUAUGCUUAUUGGAAGAAGUUAAAAGCCAACUGAUUACUUUGAGGGAACUUUGUUUUAACAUAAUAGAAAUCAAUUAGUUGGGAUGGAAUCAAAUAUUGGGAUUUGGAAAAGAUAGGAUCCAGCCUAUGUCAAUAAAAUCGAAUCUCCAUUGCCUAGUGAUUGCAGAUACAGAACUGAUCUUAUUGAACUAUAAAAUAAUAAUUUAGAUGCAGCAUAAGAGUAUAAGCAUUAAAACUAAACUCUAGGGAAAAAAACGAGACUUGAAAUCCUUUAGAGAAGAGACAGGAAACUAAGGCAAGAUCAUAAAAGCAGCAAAUCAAAAUGA